AUGAGAUAUUCUGGUAUCAUGAACCCUAAAGACAAGGAUUUUGUAACCAGGUUCCAGUUGUCUCAAAUUGUCACUGAGGAUCCGUACAAUGAAGAUUUUUAUGCCCAGGUUUUCAAGGUUAUUCACCCAAACCCAAACCAGGUGUCACAAGAACAAGAACAACAAAAUAAUUCGAUUGCUCAAGCUUACUUGGACCAAAGUGGUCACAGAUUAGGUGGACGUCACAAGAGAGCCGAUGUGGCAUUACAAAGAAUGCAACAACAAGUUCAAAGAGCUGUGACUGUCGCUAAGGAAAGACCAAAGUUGACUCAAUAUGCCAGAGAAGGUGCUUUAGGUAAGAUUUCUAUUGGAUCUGGUAAAAAGCCUAGACAACAAUUGGAACUCUUUAGCAAAGCUGUUCAGAUGGAAAUUGAGAAGCAAGAAGAAGAAGCCGCUGUCCCUGUGGCUUCCAAUUCGAAUGAGGUGAAGCUGUACACCAAAAAGGAUAUCAUGAGCAUAUUGGAAAACAUAAUAACCAACUUGAUGACAAUUGAAAGUGAGUCAAGAUUAUCCAGUGGUGUUGACACCACCCCACUUUGGGAGUCAUUGAGAAUUUUGGAACAGCCAUCCCCCAAAGUGAAUGAUGAAUCCGAAGUCAACCCAUUCAUUCAAUGUUUGAACCAUGAAAAAGCUUUAAAGAUUGUAUCCCGUUUAUUCAAGUUUUUGUCAAGAGAACAAAUAUUGACCAUUGCAACGUUGAUCAUGUCAAACUUAGAAAACUUGAAUGUAGUGAAAGCGGGAUCUUAUACCAAAUACGAAGAUAACAAGAUCCCUCCAAAGACGGCUAGAUUAAUUGAAACACAUUCUUUAACUUUUACAAAGGCGUUCAUGACUGCGGUACAGGAUUUUAAGUUCAAUGAGAUCAUUGGUUUAUUGGUUAUUUUGAUUGAGCACAACAAUGUUUCAUACAUUUCAACCACUAAGGUUGGCUUGUCAAUCUUUACAACAUUAUUAUCAAGAGCUGAAUUGAUCAGAGGUGAAGGUUCUAUAUCGGCUACCGACUUAUCUGAAUGGUCGUCUUGUUACGAUGAAUUAUUCACAUCGUUAGAAUCCAGAAUCGCUUCAAUCUUCCCUCCACAACAAGAAACUGAAGAUAUCAAUGAAAGUUAUGUCUGGCAAUUUUUGGCCACUUUGGCUUUGGGUGGAAAGUUGAAUCACCAGAGAAUUAUUGUGGAUGAGGUGAGAGACCAGAUUUUCUCGGUUAUGAACAGAGCCAAGGCAUUAGACAGCUCGGAUGUCAACAACUUCUACAAGAAGCAAAACAUCUUGAACAACUUGAACAUGUUUUUGGUUGUAAUGGGAUUAGUUGCGGAUGAGAAUGAGAUCAAAGAGUUACAAUCUUGA